CUCGGCGUGUCCUUACCGGUAGCGGCCAGCGGCGGCGCUGACGUCACGUCCGGUGUCCCCUCCAGCCGCGGCGAUGGAGGCGGUGGUGCGGCGCUGCCCGUUCCUGGCCCGCGUCUCUCAGGCCUUCUUGCAGAAGGCCGGGCCCUCCCUGCUCCUGUACGCACAGCACUGCCCCCGCAUGAUGGAGGCGGCCCCCCGCGCCCUGGCCACGUCCGCCGCCCGCGGGCAGCAGGCGGAGGAGGAGACCCCCGCAGCCCGCCGGGCGCUCGGAAGAAACAGAGGCUUGCAGCAGAGGAAGGACUGGUGGCUGAAAAUGGCUGAAUUCCUCAAAAGAAGGUCUUCCUUUGGGGAAGGAAGGAGAGAGGAUUUUUCCCCCUCAAAGGAGGCCAAAAAUGCCAAAGAGGUGGCCCAGCAGAACACAGAUGGAGCCCAGCCACCCACUGGCCACCCCGCUACUGGUGCUAGCCAAGGCUCUGCUACAAAAUGCCCAUUCCUGGCAGCUCAGAUGAAUCAUAAGAACAGUAAUGUUUUCUGCAAAGCCAGCCUAGAGCUCCAAGAGGAUGUGCAGGACAUGCAGAUGGACAGGAAAGGUACAGAAUUUGCCAAAAUACCAACUGCUUCCACAGUGAGGAACACUGAGACUGAAGGAGAAGAGCAGAGUGGCUUGCUCAAGAAGUUUAAGGAUAUUGUCCUGAAGCAAAGACCAGAAAGUGUGUCUCAUCUGCUUCAGGAUAACUUGCCAAAAUCCAUAUCCACCUUCCAGUAUGAUCAGUUCUUUGAGAAAAAGAUAGAUGAAAAGAAGAAGGAUCACACCUACCGAGUGUUCAAAACAGUGAACCGAAAGGCACAGAUCUUUCCCAUGGCAGAUGACUACACCGAUUCUCUCAUCACCAAGAAAGAGGUGUCUGUCUGGUGCAGCAAUGAUUACCUGGGGAUGAGUCGUCACCCUCGUGUGUGUGGAGCAGUUAUGGAUACACUGAAACAACAUGGUGCUGGAGCAGGAGGCACAAGAAAUAUUUCAGGAACAAGUAAAUUUCAUGUUGAUUUGGAAAAAGAACUAGCUGAUCUUCAUGGAAAAGAUGCAGCGCUGUUGUUCUCAUCAUGCUUUGUAGCCAAUGACUCCACUCUCUUCACUCUAGCUAAAAUGCUGCCAGGCUGUGAGAUCUAUUCUGAUGCUGGAAACCAUGCCUCCAUGAUCCAGGGGAUCCGAAACAGCAGAGUGCCAAAACACAUAUUUCGGCAUAAUGAUGUCAACCAUCUUCGAGAGCUACUGAAGAAAUCUGAUCCAUCUACCCCCAAAAUUGUUGCAUUUGAAACUGUUCACUCAAUGGAUGGUGCAGUCUGUCCUCUGGAAGAGCUGUGUGAUGUGGCCCAUGAGCAUGGGGCAAUCACUUUUGUGGAUGAAGUGCAUGCUGUGGGGCUGUAUGGAUCUCGAGGUGGUGGUAUAGGAGACAGGGAUGGAAUCAUGCACAAGAUGGACAUCAUCUCUGGAACGCUCGGCAAAGCAUUUGGCUGUGUAGGAGGCUACAUCUCCAGUACAAGUUCUCUGAUAGACACUGUGCGUUCAUAUGCUGCUGGCUUUAUCUUCACGACGUCCCUGCCACCCAUGCUCUUAUCUGGUGCCCUAGAAUCUGUCCGAACUCUAAAGAGUGCAGAAGGACAAGUUCUGAGGCGCCAGCACCAACGCAAUGUGAAGCUUAUGAGACAGAUGCUGAUGGAUGCAGGGCUUCCAGUGGUGCACUGCCCUAGCCACAUCAUUCCAGUGAGGGUUGCAGAUGCUGCUAAAAAUACAGAGAUCUGUGACAAGCUGAUGAGCCAGCACAGCAUCUAUGUCCAAGCAAUCAACUACCCGACAGUUCCCCGUGGAGAAGAGCUACUGCGUAUUGCCCCUACGCCUCACCACACCCCUCAGAUGAUGAGUUAUUUUCUUGAAAAGUUGCUGGCUACAUGGAAGGAUGUUGGGCUGGAGCUGAAGCCACAUUCGUCAGCUGAAUGCAACUUCUGUAGAAGACCCCUACAUUUUGAAGUGAUGAGUGAACGGGAAAGAUCCUACUUCAGUGGCAUGAGCAAACUAUUAUCUGUCAGUGCAUGAAAGUAGUGGUGUUAGUUGUACUUUUGUCUAGUUCUAGUACCCAGUCAGUAGCAUAUUUUUUAUUUGCUUAAGAAGUAUUUUAAUCAUAGUUGAAGCACUAAGCUCUGAAAAUAAAUUUCUAGAGCCAUUA